AAAGCUAUCCUUUCUUUGGUUGGGGAGAUAUUUUAAGGAGUGUCUGAAGCUGUGGAGCAUCGACCACAAUGGACACCCUUCAGAGGUUCGGCUGCCUCACCUUUUCCUUCAAAUCUCCAUUCCCAACCACUUCUCCAAUUCCAAUUCGUCCUCCAUUAAACCCAUCUAACUCCAUUCUCAGAACAAGCCUUCGUCCAGUGAGUGGAAUAACGAAAGAAGAUGUAGUCCAAACAUUCCUCAGAGAGAGACAAUUGAAUGGAGAUUUUAUAUCAAAGGUUUCUGAUAUGUUAUGGCAGGACGAAGCUACCAAGUUGCUUAGUGAGACUGAGUCUGCUGUACUUGCUGAUGAUGACAUUUCUCAACUACCAAACCAGGUGACCGAGAGUGGUGAUGAUGGUGGUUUUUUAAAGCUCACAAGAACCCAGGAAUGGAUACAAGGUGACAUCUCUGCACCAAUAAAUAAAAAGGCUAUUGCUAAGGCAUUGCAGGAUGACAGGGAUAGAAGGAAGAGACUCAACCUUCUCCAAUAUGAAGCUUUGAAGAGAGAACUAUUCCUUGUGUCUAUUGGAAUUGGAAUUGCAUGCAGUGGUUACUGUUUGGUUGUUCUAUCAGUCCAGGCUGCUAUUAGUUAUGCGACAGGAUUUCUUUUCAGCUGCUUGUAUCUUCAGCUUCUGUACCGCCAUGCAGAUAACCUGUCUAGAGAAGCAGUUCCUGAAAUCUUCAGGCAGAAGAAGACAAAGAAAAUUGGAAUAAGAAGUGAUGACUUGAAGGAUUCAUUUGAGAAAUCCAUCAAGGGUAGUGGUAUGGCUCUUUCAUCUCCAAGGCUUGUCAUCCCAGCAGCAAUAUAUGGACUUUGGAUUCUCUCUCAUCAAUAUAUCCCUAAUGAGUUCUUUGAUUUCCAAGUAAGAUAUCGAAGUGUUAUUUCGUUGAAUAGAAUACUUUCUUCCAUAGACUGUUUAUUAUCAACUCGUCACACACCUCUGAUGUUAUUUUUGUGUACCAUAUUUUGGUCAUUACAGCUUGUGCCAGCAAUGCUUGGGCUGUUUGUAUACAAAGCUGCUGCUCUUGUUCAAGUUUAUAGAGAUAACGAAGACCUGCAAUUGGUUUUUCCAGAAAACGACUAAGGUUCAACACGAUUGGAAAACUUGUACUUAAUUCUUUUUAUACUUAGAGAACCCGGCAAUUUAUAAGUGAAAAAGAGGAGGAAUGCUUUUGGAAUGGCUAAUAGUUAACAUUAUAUAGUGUACUUACUGUGCACCAGUUUUGCGGAGCGGGGCCCAAAACUGCUUCUUGAAGAUAGUUUGAAGGGAGUUCAGUCAACAAAUGGAUUCUUAACUCUGGAAUUCUGUUCUCUCUAGCAAGUUUUAGUGAGGUCAGCUUUUAUCUGCAAGUUUAGUGUAUAUUCUUUAUCCAGUUUUAAAGGAAAUGUAAGACAUGAUUUUGACAAGACUAGUUGGAUAUGUUUUUCAAGAACUCCUCUUUUCUUCUUUUUUUCUUAGCUUUUUAGACAUCUUGGGUUGGUCCUAAAAGCUCUGUUUACAAUUAUUGGGGCUUAAAUUAUUCCAAUGCUCUGUUUGGAACCUUAAAAUCCGAGUAGGGAUGAUGGUAAAGUGACUUUGACAAUAAGAAGUUGAGUGCUUUUGUACAAGUGGGUUUAUCAUUUAUGCAACUUCUUCACUUUUUUUGAA